AUUGGCCUACAAUCCGGAACGGGCGUUAACCCCAGGAAGGCAUUGGCAAGAUGGCGUCCCUGGAUCGGGUGAAGGUACUGGUGUUGGGAGACUCAGGUGUUGGGAAAUCUUCACUUGUUCAUCUUCUGUGCCAAAAUCAAGUGCUGGGAAAUCCAUCAUGGACUGUGGGCUGCUCAGUAGAUGUCAGAGUUCAUGACUACAAAGAAGGAACCCCAGAAGAGAAGACCUACUAUAUAGAAUUAUGGGAUGUUGGAGGCUCUGUGGGCAGUGCCAGCAGUGUGAAAAGCACAAGAGCAGUGUUCUACAACUCUGUAAAUGGUAUUAUUUUAGUACAUGACUUAACGAAUAAGAAGUCAUCCCAAAACUUGAAUCGUUGGUCAUCAGAAGCUCUCAACAGGGAUUCAGUGCCAACUGGAGUCUUAGUAACAAAUGGGGAUUAUGACCGGGAACAGUUUGCUGAAAACCAAAUUCCAUUGUUGGUAAUAGGAACUAAACUGGACCAGAUUCAUGACACCAAGCGCCAUGAAGUUUUAAUUAGGACUGCUUUCCUGGCUGAGGAUUUCAAUGCAGAAGAGAUUAAUUUGAUCUAUGUUUUACCUUCUAGGAUUGCACAAAUCCAAGGUACCUUGCUGCCGGUUCUUCCAAUGCUGUCAAGCUCAGUAGGUUUUUUGAUAAGGUCAUAGAGAAGAGAUACUUUUCAAGAGAUAGUAAUCAGAUUCCAGGCUUUCCUGAUCGAAAGAGGUUUGGGGGAGGAACAUUAAAGAACCUUCAUUAUGACUGAAUUACACUCAUUCUUUGGAAGAGUGAGCAAGAAGUGGCAGUUUUUCACAGCAUUCUUCUUGCUGUGUCAGUUAUUACUGUCUCAGCCUUUUACUGAUCACCUUAAAAUGCCACCCUGCACCCUUACCCUUGAAUGGAAAACUGAAAGAAAGUGACAGUGUGGGAGGUCCAAACUUUGUCCCCGUUAUCUGUCCCUCACCUUUCUGUCCCUGUUUAUAGAUUAUGUAAAAGCUUUGUGGAAAUAAGAGAUGUUGUCAAAAUAAUGCAGUAAAUGAGCAGUGACAGAGUGCUGCAGAGAAAAUUUACUCUUGCCUAAAAUAGAGGAUUUUUAAUGGAUCUGUAAUUUUCCUGCACUCCCUGCUGAAGAGUUAAUUAAAUACUUCUAAAGUGUAUCUCUCUUGUUUUACCUUCUUGAGGGGAAAGGUUAUGUUAACCAGCCCUGAGUUGUCCAUCCGAAAUACUUUCUCAUUUUCAAAGCAGCAAAAUGUUGUUAUUUAAUUGUCUCCACCCUCACAUCACACGCAAGGAUGCCUAAUAAUAGCAACCCUUGUUCUCUCACCUCUCCUUUGCAAACGGUUCAGUGACUGGAAGAGGAGGACUAAUGGCUGGAGUUAAAUAUAAAUAGAUUAAUAAUACAUAGAGGACUGCAGUGCCAGAAAAGAAUAAUUCUGUAAGAAAUUGACAGCUCACUAAAUCCUUCACUCUUUAGGUUACAGUUGUCUGCAUCCUUUUACUCUUUUCUUUUUGGAAAUGGGUAGGGUGAAAUCUAAGACCUGCACAAAGGCAGUAAAAAAGAUUUAUAGCCUCUUCAGAUUGUAUUUUUUUUGAAGGAAAAGAUAACUCCUAAAAUGACUCUUAACUGUAGUCUAUAAACUAAGAAUAAUAUUCUUUGUAUCAACAAUGUAUUUAUGGAGAAAAGUAAAAAUAAGUUCCACAGCAACACAUUUACAUGAAUUUUGGACUAGAAUUCUUGGAUUUUGUAAGACAAAAUUUUGGAGGAGAGUGUGUGUAUAUUCAUAAUUUUUCUUUAUUUUUUUACCCAUCUUUUUUGCUUGUUUAAUUCUUUCUAUCCUGGUUAUUCUUAAAUAUAUAAACCUGGUUUCCAUAAACUGUAACUUGCUGCCUUAUUCAGCAACACCUUUCCAUCCAUAUUCUUUCUCUGGCUUUCCUGUGGAUCUCUGUACUUCUGGUUUUGCUCCAUAUUAAAAUAUAAUAAUAA